UCCUAACGGAAGUCGUCACGUUGUUAAUGGCGUCCUCCACUCCACGGAGAGGCAACGUGAUAUCGCCUUAAAAUGAGCUACUCUCGGUUUGCACCAGGAACCGACAUUGCUAUCAACUAAUUAAAAAAAUCCUUCCUUCAAAAAAACAGGAAAAUGGCUUCGUUUAAACCUACCAAAAUCCAAGUAUAUCCAAAACUCGGAGAGAAAGUCACACAGGACACGCUGUACUGGAAAAACUACAAGCCGGCAAUCCAGAUAAAAGAAUUCGGUGCUGUCUCAAGCAUAGACUUCUCCCCGGUGGCGCCACAUAAUUUUGCAGUGACAGCGUUCACAAGAAUCCACAUUUAUGGGCCCUACUCCCUGGAGCCCGUGAAGUCGUUAACAGGGUUUAAGAACACCGCGUACUGUGCACGGUUCAGGUCGGACGGUCAGCUGCUCGUGGCGGGAUGCGAGGACUCUGUGGUCCGGCUGUUCGAUGUCAGUGGCAGGGUGGCACUGAGGGUCUUCAAAGGGCACACAAAGGCUGUACAGGUCACAGACUUCACCUCGGACCAGUACCAGAUCUUCACAGGCUCGGACGACUACACCUGUCGGCUUUGGGACCUCCCGAACGCCACAGAGCUCAACCGCUACAGGGAACACACCGACUACAUUCGCUGUGGUGUCACCAGCAAACUCAACAGAAAUCUCUUCAUUACGGGAUCCUAUGACCACACGCUGAAAGUGUUUGAUGCCAGAGCAGAUAAGAGCGUGAUGACCAUGGACCACGGCCAGCCAGUGGAGAGUCUGCUUCUCUACCCCUCCGAGGGACUCCUCGUCUCCGCAGGUGGACGUCACGUGAAGGUGUGGGAUUUGCUGAAAGGGGGGCAGCCUCUGGUGUCACUGAAGAAUCAUCACAAAACUGUCACCUCUUUGUGUCUCAGCAGCAACGGUCAGAGACUGCUGUCUGCUUCUUUGGACAGGCAUGUAAAGGUGUACAACACCACCAACUUCAAAGUGGUGCACAACUUGGACUACGCUGCCUCAAUCCUCAGUCUGGCUCUGGCUCCAAACGACGAGUCCAUCGUCGUGGGCAUGACCAACAACAUCCUGAGCAUCAAACACAGGAAGAGCCCCGACGAGUCGAAGGGAGGCCCCGGUCAGCAGAAGCGACGGCCGUCCUAUCGCGUCUCUGUGAAGGGGAAGACCUACGCCCCCAAGCAGGAGGACUAUCUUGUCUCCAAACCAGUGAAAGAGUAUUUGGCCAAAUACGACAAGCAGCUGAAGAAAUUUAAUGUGUCAAAGGCUUUGGACGCGGCUAUGGAGAUAUGGAAGAGGCAGAGAAACCCCGAUGUCAUGGUGGCUGUCAUGAAGGAGCUGGAUAGAAGAGGAACCCUGAAGAACGCUCUGGCAGGACGGGAUGAGCAGGGGCUCUGCAGCUUGCUCCACUUCCUGUUAGGGAACGUGGUCGACCCCAGGUUUACCCCUGUGCUUGUGCCGGUGGCUGAGUUGAUACUGGACGUCUACAGCCAGGUGAUCGGUCAGUCGCCGCUCGUGGACCGGCAGCUGCUGCGUCUGCAAGAUAUGCUGGAGAAAGAGAUCGGCUACCAGCAGGAGCUCAUGGAGGUGCUGGGCAUGUUGGACACCUUGUUUGCCUCCAACCUCCCCAAAAUGGAGGUGCCGUGCCCUGACACCAGCAGGGCUAACGGCCUGUCCCCGGGUGAAGUGGGCACCUCCAGACCACCGCUUCAUGCCACUUGAGGCCUGUAGCCGGAGGGGCGGGUUUCCGAUGCGAGCUAGAGCGCCAUCACAACGAUCAAUCGGACACUCGCUCUUCCAACAGAAACAUUUGGUACAGGUUUUUAUGAGACUGACAAACCCAUGGGCGCAUUUCUCUGCUGUUUUAACUCCAGCACAACCGGACGCCAAAAGUGGAUGUGCGUUUACGGGGUGAAGAAUGUGUGGCUGGAAAGUGAAGGGUUUUUAUGGGACAUCUUGUAAUUAUUACACUUUCUAAAUGUAAAUGUGGUCUGCUUGUGUUUCAAAUAUUUUCACUGGUUUUCAUGUCGACUUUGUUUUCAUGGUAUUUUGGAUUGGUGAAGUGUGUCUUAAGCAGAUGAAAAUAAACUUUUGUAAUAUUGAAGCAG